ACUAAAUUCCGUCCAGAUCCUCAUCUCAGCUACCAGAGCCCCCUGCCUUCAUAAGAAGAUUACUUCCCCUCCAAGUCCUGCUCCGCCCGGUUCUCCCGCAGGUGUCCACUUAGGUGUCAUUUUCUCCAAUAAGCCUUCCCUAACUUUCUUGCUCCUUUCCUCAAAUUAGGUGCAAGCUGUCUGAGGUUAGUAGGCUCUGGUUUGCCUUUCAUCUUCCUCACCCUGAGGUCUAUCACCGUGACCCUGCCCUGGGCUAGGCGCACAGGAGAUACCGCAAUAAACGUCUGUUCCUUCUCGGUCCAGAUCGCCAGGCCUCAGACGGAGUAGCCCCGAGGGGGAGGCUGGAGAGACAUUGGGGGCCCUGGUCUUGCACAUCUAUGGUUCCCUGAUGCUGGGCCCGCCUCCACAUGGCCGAACGACCCUGAAGGCCUCAUUUCCCCAAUUUGGGGAAUGGAGAGUUGAGCCCCGAGUCACCCGGCCUCUGUGGGGGCGGAAGAGCAGCAUUCCCAACAGGCCUAGCACAGCGCGUCGGCGCCACGGGGUCCUCUGGCGCCACAAGCUCCCAGCAGCCCCGGCGCGUAGAGGGCUCUGAUUGGAGGCCUUGUGGUGGGGCGGGGCCAGCGGCAGGAGAUUGAGGCGAUGUGCCUCGUGGAGGGCUCUGAUUGGAGGGCUUGCGGCAGGGCGGGGCGGGGCCGCGGGCUCGCCGUCUCUUCGUCGUGCAGCCAGGUGUUCCCGCGUCGCCUGUUCCUGCUUGUCUGACCGGCGGUUGGGCCGGCGCGGAGGCCCAGCUGCGAACAUGCUGCGCAAGCUCACCCUCGACCAAAUCAAUGAUUGGUUUACUAUCGGCAAGACGGUGACCAACGUGGAGCUCCUCGGCUCGCCACCUGCCUUCCCUGCAGAGGCUGCCCGGGACGAAGCACAGCGCAGGGAUGCGGCCCCCAGCUCUGACCCUGAGGCUGAGGGCCAGGCUGAGGCUCCAGCUGAGGCUCCGGUCCUGGCCGAGGCCCAGGACCAGGCCCAGGCCCAGGCCCAGGACCAAAACCAGGAGCAGGCUCCAGCCCAGGCCCAGGCCCAGGCCCAGGCCAUGCUGGCAUUACCCUGGAGGCUCCUGGGCGAAAAGAGCGCAGAGAUGGAGUAUGUUGACAAAUACAGACAACUUGAAGCACAAGAAUUUUAUCUGUAUUUCCUUGAUCACUUAAUCAGUGGCUCAGGUCCAAGGCCACCUUUAGCUAAAUCAAGCGAUGUGAUGUGCAUCCCACAGACAGCCUAUAAAUAUCCUGAUUUGCCUAUAAGCCGAUGUAAAGAAGAGGUGAUUUCUUUGAUAGAAAGCAACUCCGUGGUGAUCAUACACGGCGCCACGGGCAGCGGUAAGAGCAGCCAGCUCCCGCAGUACGUCCUGGACCACGCCCUGCAGCGCUCCGCCUACUGCAACAUCGUGGUCACCCAGCCGCGCAAGAUCGGGGCCAGCAGCAUCGCCCGCUGGAUCAGUAGGGAGCGUGGCUGGGUUUUGGGUGGAUUGGUGGGCUACCAGGUAGGGUUGGAAAAAAUAGCGACAGAAGACACCAAGUUAAUUUACAUGACGACGGGGGUCCUGCUGCAGAAGAUAGUCAGUGCCAAGAGCUUGACGGAGUUCACACACGUCUUCAUUGAUGAAGUACACGAGCGAACUGAAGAAAUGGAUUUCCUGUUGUUAGUUGUCCGCAAACUUUUAAGAACAAAUUCACGUUUUGUGAAGGUUGUCCUCAUGUCAGCCACCAUCAACUGUAGAGAGUUUGCAGACUACUUCGCUGUUCCUGUUCAGAACAAGAUGAACCCAGCUUAUGUUUUUGAAGUGGAAGGAAAGCCCUUUUCAAUAGAGGAGUAUUACCUUAACGACUUGGAGCACAUCCAUCACGGCAGGCUUUCUCCUCACGUCCUGGAGGAGCCAGUGAUAACCAAGGCUGUCUAUGAGGUUGCUGUCUCCUUGAUUCAGAUGUUCGAUGACUUGGACAUGAAGGAGAGUGGGGCCAAGACCCGGCCGGGCACCCCAUUUGUGUCAGAGCGAAGCAGUGUGCUGGUGUUUCUGCCGGGUCUGGGUGAAAUAAACUAUAUGCACGAACUUCUCACAAACAUGGUUCAUAAAAGGUUGCAGGUCUAUCCACUCCAUUCAAGUGUGACUUUGGAGGAGCAGAACAACGUGUUUUUAAGUCCAGUGCCCGGGUACAGAAAGAUCAUUCUGUCCACCAACAUCGCAGAGAGUUCUGUCACGGUUCCAGACGUCAAGUACGUUAUAGAUUUUUGUUUGACCAGAACUCUGGUUUGUGAUGAAGACACGAAUUACCAGAGUCUGCGACUGAGCUGGGCCUCUAAGACCAGCUGUGAGCAGAGGAAAGGCCGCGCUGGACGGGUGUCUAAAGGAUACUGUUACAGACUCGUGCACAAAGAUUUCUGGGACAACUCCAUCCCCAGCCACGUCAUCCCCGAGAUGCUGCGUUGUCCGUUAGGAAGCACAAUAUUGAAGGUGAAGUUACUUGACAUGGGUGAGCCCAGGGCUCUGCUGGCCACGGCCCUUUCUCCACCUAGUCUGAGCGACAUUGAACGCACCAUCCUUCUGCUCAAGGAGGUGGGAGCGCUUGCGGUCAGCGGCCAGAGAGAAGAUGAAAACCCCCACGACGGUGAGCUGACCUUCCUAGGAAGAGUUCUCGCCCAGCUUCCUGUCAGUCAGCAGCUCGGCAAGCUCAUAGUGCUCGGACACGUGUUUGGGUGUCUAGAUGAGUGUCUUAUCAUCGCGGCGUCUCUUUCCUUGAAGAAUUUUUUUGCGAUGCCUUUUAGGCAGCAUCUUGAUGGAUAUAGGAACAAAGUGAAUUUCGCCGGCAGCAGUAGGAGUGACUGUAUUGCGCUUGUUGAAGCCUUCAGAGCAUGGCAGACCUGCAGGCAGAGAGGGGAGCUGCGGCACCCAAAGGAUGAACUUGAGUGGGGACGGUUAAAUUACAUUCAGAUCAAGAGAAUCAGAGAGGUGGCUGAGUUAUAUGAAGAGCUGAAGACGAGGAUCUCACAGUUCAACAUGUAUGUUGGCUCGCGGCGGCCUGUCAUGGACCAGGAGUACCCCCACAAGCAGAGAUUCAUCCUGCAGGUUGUGUUGGCAGGUGCUUUUUAUCCGAAUUACUUUACUUUCGGGCAGCCUGACGAAGAGAUAGCCAUGAGGGAGCUGGCGGGCAAAGACCCGAAGACAACCGUCGUGCUGAAGCAUAUCCCUCCGUAUGGAUUUCUCUACCACCAGCAGCUGCAGUCUCUCUUCAGACAGUGUGGCCAAGUCAAGUCCAUUGUGUUUGACGGGGCAAAAGCCUUUGUGGAGUUUUCACGCAAUCCAACAGAGAGGUUUAAGACGCUCCCUGCCGUGUACAUGGCCAUCAAGAUGUCUCAGCGCAAAGUGUCCCUGGACCUCAGUGUUCACUCCGCGGAGGAGAUUGAGGCGAAGGUGCCAGGAGGGGCCGUCUCCAAGCUCCGGAACACGCGGGUGAACGUGGACUUCCAGAAGCAGACAGUUGAUCCUAUGCAAGUCUCCUUUAACACGCUGGACAAAUCGCGGACCAUCACAGACCUCCUGCUAACGAUCGAAGUCACAGAGGUGGUUGAGGUGGGACACUUCUGGGGGUACAGGACUGAUGAGAAGAACUGGGAGUUUCUGAAGAGGCUGACCGCCGAGAUAAACCGCCUCACGCUGGUGCCCCUGCCUGUCCACCCCCACCCAGACCUGGUCUGCCUGGCUCCCUUUGCUGACAAUGAUAAGGAAAGCUACUUCAGAGCACAGGUCCUCUAUGUUUCCGGAGAUUCUGCCGAGGUGUUCUUCGUGGACUACGGGAACAGAGCGCGCGUGGCGCUGGGCGUCCUCAUGGAGAUCCCCUGCCAGUUUCUUGAGCUCCCCUUCCAGGCCCUGGAGUUCAAGAUCUGCAAGAUGCGCCCGUCGGCCCAGUGUCUGGUGUGCGGGGAGCGCUGGAGCGGCGCGGCCGGCCGGCGCUUCUCCUCCCUGGUCGGCGGCCGCACCCUGCUGGUGAAGGUCUUUUCCGUGGUGCACAGUGUCCUGCACGUGGACGCCUACCUCCCCUCGGGGCUGCAGGACACGGUCAGCGUACGGGGCAUCCUCAUUGGGCAGGGCUACGCCGAGCCGGCCGAGGAGCCCUACGAGUCCAAGCAAAGCCACGAAGUUCUCAAGGGUCUCUUUUCCAAAUCAGUAGAAAACCUGACAGACAUGUCCAUGGUAUCUCCUGGGAAAGAAGACGAAAAGUACCUGAUCCGGAUUUUGCUAGAGAGCUUUUCUUCCAAUAAGCUGGGUAACCCGAACUGCAAGGCAGUACUUCAUGGGCCUUUUAACCCUUACGAACUGAAGUGUCAUAGUCUGACCAGAAUAUCCAAAUUCAGGUGCGUCUGGAUCGAGAAGGAAAGCAUCAACUCGGUCAUCAUCAGCGACAGCCCGGAGGAUGUGCACCAGCGGCUGCUGGUCGCCGCCUCCCUCUCGGUGAACACGACUGGGUCCACCAUGCUGCUGCGGGAGACCUCGCUGAUGCCGCACAUCCCAGGCCUCCCCGCGCUCCUCAGCAUGCUGUUCGCCCCCGUCAUGGAGCUCAGAGUUGAUCAGGCUGGCAAAUGCUAUACUGGCGUCCUGUGUGGCCUGGGGUGCAACCUGACCACAGGGGCCCCAAUCCUGCCAGAGCAUGACAUGGAGCUUGCGUUCGACGUGCAGUUCAGUGUGGAGGAUGUCAUGGAGAUUAACAUUCUCAGAGCUGCUGUCAACAAGCUAGUGUGCGAUGGACCGAAUGGAUCCAAGUGUCUUGGACCGGAAAGGAUCGCGCAGUUACAGGACAACAGUCGCCAGAAACUCUUAGGUCUGUUUUGCCAAUUGAAACCAAGACAGAAGGUUGUUCCCAAGUGGCAUGAGAAGCCAUACGAGUGGAAUCAGGUUGAUCCGAAGCUGGUGAUGGAGCAGGCAGACCGGGAGACCAGCAGGGGCAAGAACACCUUCCUGUACCAGCUCCACAAGCUGAUCGUGCUCAGCUCCUAGAGGGCCGGCCCGGCCCCCCACGGCGCCCCGCCCCUGAGAGCCCGGGCUGUGCCGCGCUGCAGGGCCGCUCCGUCCGGGCGCUCGCCUCCUGGGUGGGGGCUGGAGGGUGGUGUUUCUGUUCACGUGGGAAGGGCUGGGAAAAGUCUGGUCUUCUCUAGAAACAGAAAAUCACUGUAUUAAACCUUUUGGGAAAAAUUGUUCUGAAGGAAGACUUCAUUUGGAAAAAGGUUCUCUUUGCGCUCAGUUAUUAAAGUAAAUAUCCGUAGGUAGUGUUCGGUGUGAGGUUCUGGAUCCAGCAUGUGUUCUGCCUUGUUGCCAUGGUUUAAAUGCCUGGGCCUGGGGGAGACCAGUGCUUCCAGCUGAUCACAAGGGGAAAGCUGGGUGUUUUUUCCCAAAACCAUGUGACCUUUUCUAACUUUUUUCCAUGAGGGGAAAUAUCUAAUUUUGGUAAAAAUACUUCCGUUUUGUAUAUCGCAGGUUUUUCCUUAAGUUACAAUUCUUAGUCCACAUUUUGGAAAUGAGAGAGAUCACCUGGUUACUAGCAUAUCUGUGUUAAAACAAUAAAAGUAUUAGACUGA